GGAUCUUUUUUCUUGUUUUUGGUGGUGCUGGAAUUAGUGGCAAUGACUGAUUUUGAUGAUUUUAGGGGCUUUUUAUGAGCUUCCAAAUGAAGAAUCAGUUUGUUAUUUGCUUUGUUAGAAUCAUCAGUGAAUUGCGUUGUUAUGCUUUCAAUUUUGAGAAAGCUGUUAAUAUUGAUGUGUUGUGAUGUUAUACUCCAUGUGUAAUAACAGAAUUGAAUUCUUGAAUAAGAUUGAUAAUCCUGUUGAUAACCAGCAAGGUCUCUACGUCAUGGAUACACCAAUGUCUACCACUAAUUCCACAGCUGGUUCCAACCCUGGUUCGAACGAUGAUACACCACGUGUUAAAUUACUGUGUAGUUUCUUAGGUAGCAUAAUGCCUCGACCCCAAGAUGGGAAAUUGCGUUAUGUAGGUGGGGAGACGCGGAUUGUGAGUUUGCCUAGGGAUAUUAGUUAUGAGGAGUUGAUGAAUAAAAUGAGAGAGCUUUAUGAUGGGGCGAUGGUGUUGAAGUAUCAACAGCCUGAUGAGGAUCUUGAUGCGUUAGUCUCGGUUGUGAAUGAUGAUGAUGUGAUUAACAUGAUGGAGGAGUAUGAGAAAUUGGGUUCUGGGGAUGGUUUCACUAGGCUUAGGAUUUUUCUGUUUUCGAAUACAGACCAAGAUGGUUCAGCCCAUUAUGUUGAUGGGGAUGGAAGGGAGAGUGAAAGAAGGUAUGUGGAUGCACUAAAUAAUUUGAACGAGGGGCCUGAUUUUAGAAGGCACCAUCCUGAUUCCCCUUUGAUGGGUCCAAUUGAUGACAUUCAUUUACAAGAACAGUUUUUUAAUGGAAUGAAUCUUGAUGGUGGUCUCCUUAGCCACAGGAGUGGUGAGAUGUCAAUAUCACAGUACAACUUGCAUCAUGUUGCUAUUGCUCCUAGGUAUAAUGAGAUGGAGGGUCCAUGGAGUCCAGCAUAUUAUUCUCCUAGGCAUCACGGGCACCAUGAUCCAAGACCAUUAUCAGAGAUUCCAAACUCACCCCCUUCUGCACGGUACCGUAUGCAGUUUGGGGAAUUACCCGAUAAAGGGAUGGAAAGAAUGCCUGAAGAAUAUGCUCGGUUGCAGCUAAAUCAGCAUCCCCCUUUUGAUCACCAGGCACAGUAUUCUGAAAAUGUAGUAUGGAUGCCUGCUGGAGUAGUAGGUGGUGAUAAGGGUGGUUUUCCAGGUAACUUGCUGCACAGUCCCAGUGUUUUUGAAGGGAACAGUGUUUGUGAGCACUGCAGGGGGGCUUUCCCAAGAAAUCAACUGCAUUUGGAGCAACUCUGCAUGGGAAAUGGACUUCCUCAGGUUGCUAAUCCAGGUGCUGACUGUCCCCCAAACAGGGAGACUUUCAUAGUAAAUGCAGAUGCAAAGGUGCACCACCCCGUGUAUCCCAGAGAGCAGAAUGAUCCACGAGCUGUCUACAAUGAGACACAAGGCCAUGAAAGCGGAUGGAUUGUGCAGCAUCAGUUGAGUCCCCGCGCUGAUGAAGCCAGAAAACAUAUCUCUGGAGCUGCAAGAUUCACUGAUCACUACAUUGUAGAUGGUCCUGGCAUGAAUUACCCCCCUGGGCAUGGUAAUUUGGUGGAUGGCCAUCAUAUGUCCUCCCAUCACCGUCCUGGACCUGAAUUGGGUAAUGAUGUGUUUCACGAUCAAGCUGUGGCUGCUGUCCACAGCCUACAAGUUUCACCUCCCGAGGAACGCGCAGUACGGUAUGGGAAUUUUCCUUAUGCUUAUGGAUCUGAGAAUCUUCACACAUCGCCACAUGGACAUGCACAUCCACAGACUUUAUGGAGAAAUGCUCAAAUUCCAGUACAUGUCACUCCUUAUGAAGCAUCCGGUGCAGCUCCACAUGUGAGUAGUACUGUUAAUCCAUCGUUUCUUAGGGGCACGACAGAAGGCAGUCAAAGGAGUGGCAUUGGCGUGGAUAGUCAGAAACCUUGGGUUGAGUCCUCACAGAAAAUGCUGGUUUUUGAUGGGACAAAUUCCUUGGAAUAUUCUUACGGUCACAUGUUGAAAUUGAAUCCAAAUGCUAAUGGGGUAGAAAAUAAUCAGUCGUUUGCUCCAGAACCCCUUCAACCACCGCUCCAACAUGAAAUGCUAAACUUAUCUGCAAAAACAGUUACUUCUGGUUAUAACCCAGAGUUAAGUAAUACCAAUGUAGCUGAAGCAUCAAAAGUGGAGGGAACAAUCUUUCUUGGUGUAGAAAACCAAGCAAAUUGUGUGGGGAAAGUUGAAAACUUGGAUGUGUCAUGCAUGCCUUGUCCGGAUCAGGACAUGAUUGCUGAUAUGCAUGGCCAGGCAGCAUUUCCUGAGGCUGUCAAUUCCAAUUUCUCGAGGUUAGCUGAAGAAAGUGGUGAUACAGUGAAAGCGGGAGAAAGAGAUCCUUCUGCUGUUCCUGGAGAUCCAAACCUGUCAAUUAGCCGUAUGAGUUUCUUACCUGAUUUAAUUGCUUCUGUAAAGAAGGCAGCACUGGAAGAGGCUGAAGAGGUGAAAGCUAGAGUCAAAGAAAAUGCUGAUCCUGCAAAUAAUGAUUCAAUAUCAGGAGAAGUAGAUGAUAAGGAGCCUGAAGCUGUGAAUACUCAUGAAGAAGCAGAGCUGGGAUCUGACAAUGACAAUAUAAAAAACAACAAAAUUGAGCCUACAAAGGCUGAGGCAGAAGCUAUAGAAAGGGGAUUGCAGACAAUAAAAAAUGAUGAUUUGGAGGAGAUUCGUGAAUUAGGAUCUGGAACAUAUGGAGCUGUAUAUCAUGGGAAAUGGAAGGGUUCUGAUGUGGCUAUAAAGAGAAUAAAAGCCAGCUGCUUUGCCGGGAGACCUUCUGAAAGAGAGCGUUUGAUUGCAGAUUUCUGGAAGGAGGCUUUGAUAUUGAGUUCAUUACACCAUCCAAAUGUUGUUUCUUUCUAUGGUAUUGUUCGUGAUGGCCCUGAUGGAUCAUUAGCAACUGUUACUGAGUUUAUGGUUAAUGGAUCUCUGAAACAGUUUUUGCAGAAGAAGGACAGAACCAUUGAUCGUCGUAAAAGACUCAUCAUAGCUAUGGAUGCUGCUUUUGGAAUGGAGUAUUUGCAUGGGAAGAACAUUGUUCAUUUUGAUUUGAAAUGUGAGAACCUGUUAGUAAAUAUGAGAGAUCCGCAAAGGCCAGUUUGCAAGAUUGGUGAUCUGGGCUUGUCAAAGGUGAAACAACACACGUUAGUUUCAGGUGGUGUUCGUGGAACUUUGCCCUGGAUGGCACCUGAGCUUUUGAGUGGCAAGAACCACAUGGUAACAGAGAAGAUUGAUGUUUACUCAUUUGGGAUUGUUAUGUGGGAAUUACUUACGGGAGAAGAACCUUAUGCUGACAUGCACUGUGCCUCCAUAAUUGGAUAUCAGUCAGGGAAAUACCCUAAAAGCCCUUGAAGCGCUGCAGCUGCUCUGCGUGGAUGCAAGGAUGCUGUAGGAGCUGCUCAAUUCUUCUACAUUGUUCAUCUAAGUGCCUUUCAUGAGCAUGGCCAAACCAACUAAUAUGGUUCUCCCUCAAUUUAUUCUCGUUGAGUGUCACCACCACCUCUAUACUCACACUCAUUUCAUAUCCGGUCUUUUUGCUCAUUUAACUUUCACCUUAAAACUCAUUUUAGUUAAGCUCCAUUUAUUUAUGUUUGACUCUGCUUUUUGUGCUUUUUAGUUUUUAUGGGAAAGUCACCUUUCAGUCUAACAGGGAUUUUAGAUUCCAUAAUUCUCCAAUUUUAUUUUUCCAUUUCAACCUCCUCAGUUUAAUGCUCUGGAUAAUGCCUCUUUACUACAUCAUAAAGCACCUAGUUCCUGGAUUUUGCAUUUCCUUAAUUGCAUGUGGGGACUUGGAUGUUCUUGAAUUUUGACCGCUGGGUUUUCAUAGGGUAGACCAUGGAUUUCCAAUACUUAUAAAUUAUGUUUAUUGGAUAUGUUAACAAUAUUGAGCUAAAGCUGGUCGAUUUUCAGUAAGGGCAGUUUUUCAUUGGUCCAUCAUGCAUCCUGUGUUGGUGGCUGACUGGUGACUAUCAAUUGGACUAUGUUUUAGUCUCAUAAUUCUUGGCAGCAGAAAGAUAUGGGUUUCUAAAUAGAUGGAGCAGCAUGACCUCUAAGAUUAAUACAUGCCACGCAGAAAAUUCUGCAGAUUGACAGAUGUUUUUGAUGCUAAACUAUAACUAUCUGCUAGAAAACCUAAUAUAUAAUAUAAGAUUAUGCAUUAUGGAAACCUAAUAAGAAAUUUAAUAGUAUCUCAGGUACCUGUUUCUAUGUGAUGUGGGUCAGCUCCAGAGAGAGAGAGAGAGAGAGAGAGAGAGAG